AUGGACGUCGCCAGCCACUACAACCUCCCUUCCGAGUUCCCAGAGGAAUGGCCGGUAGCACUGGAUGAAGCCGAUCAAUCUGACGGAGAACCCCUCGAACAAACCAAAUCCCGACCCCGUAAGUCCCGUUACUUCGCUCUCGAGCGCACUCCUAGCAAUUGGCGGAAUAACUUCGGUCCCCGAGGCCAGGAUGGCAGGGACACUACCGCACAGAGUGAUGAGCCGGACCCAUUGGGAACAAGUGAUAGCGUUUUGCGCCUUCUCAAAGAAAGGGGAAUAAAUGUGAAGGAUGAAGGUGGUAAACAUUCGCAGUUCCUUCUUUCGUCGACGUCCUUCUCCCCCGCACUCUUCCUGUCCCAAGCCCAUAACACCGACUCGAUCGAAUCGCUCAUGAAUGGUCUCAAUCAUCUAUCACAAUCAAUUGACCAAAAGUCAGCGUCGCUGAAGGUGCUAGUUGAGGCGAACUUUGAGCGCUUCGUCCGCGCAAAGGCAACUAUUGACAGUGUCUACACCGAAAUGAGAGACCAAGGUGUUGCAACGGAACAAGCCUUCGCGCCUCGUAGGUCGGGGCAUUUUCGCAACUAUUCAGGUCAGCAACAGUAUGCUGCUGUUUCUCCUGCUCCUGUGGGAGUUAGUAAAAAUGCGUUGACAAAGGAGAGCGAGUAUGGCAUGAAAGGUAUUCGAGGUCCCUUACUGGAAGCUUCCGUCAAGGCGGAGGAGGUUUGGGGCCCUGCUCUCGGAGGUCGUGAUCGAGAGCUCCUGCUCAAAUCGGUUGUGGAUAGUAUGGAGAAGCAUCGCGAUGUAUAUGAGAUUGGAAGCUCCCUGUCCAAGUCCAUCCAUCAACGUGACUAUGAUUCCGUCUUUGAGCAAUACACCAAGGCAAGAACCCUUGCAAAUCGUGCGAAGAAUAUGGUGGAACAGACCUCCAGUACAGGCCGACAAUUAAUUGAUAGUGACGUCCAUAUGAUUCUAGCCAUGGGAAGAAUGUGGAUGGAUGUGGACCACCAGAUUCAAAACUUCAAGCGUGAUCUAUGGAAACGACUCAGUGAUGCACCAACUUUAUCAACAACUAAUACAGCUUCUGGGCCCGUGGAAGAACAUAUGGAGCUUAUUGGGGCACUGCUAGAACUGGGUGUCGACAAGAACCCCAUAUGGGCGUGGCUUGAUAGUCGCCAUCAGCUCUUAAAAACCAAGAUCACGGCAUUUUGCGAUCGCUGCAAAGUUGAAAUCGAGAUUCUGAGACGGCGACUUGCUAGUGGCGAGAGUCCUACAGCCCAUGCUACGGCUUCCUACCUUCGUCUGGCACCCCGUGACGGAACAGCGAAUGUAUCUGAGAGAUUGGAUUCAGAUCAAGUUAUUGAACUAUGGGACUGUAUGCAGGCAUUCCUUACUCGACUUCUUUCUUCCCAGAGCGGUCUUCUGGGAGAAGUACUGGACUUCUGGGAAGUUACACAAUCAUUCAUUAAUGGCAGUCGACAGCGGCUUCUUCCUGUCGGCUUUGAAGGCGAAAGCCGUAGACACCACCAGCUCUCUCGUGAGAAUGUUGGCGCUCUUGAAAGAGGUGUCGUUGAACUAGUCAAUCUCAUUCGUGAAAAUGUUCUAUCUCUCUUCAACGAGCCCCCGACAGAUGAUAUUUCGCUCCUUUCCUCUCCCAUUCCGUUGACUCCCACAAGUCCGGAAUCGCGAGGCAUCACCCCGACUGAAUCUCGCUUCAAACUGGACCCAAAAAACAUCCCAUUAUUAGCCCCCAAGCGGGGAGAGCAUUGGGAGGAGUUUGCUUUCUGGCCUCCUUUCUCCAAUUCUCUUAGUGGCGUUCACUACCUCAGCAAAUUCUUGGUUAUUAUUGGUACAGCGGCCAGUGAGAUGGCUGCUUUAGACCCUGUCAGCACUACGGGGACAACUUACGACCUUCUGAAGUCUCUUGUAAGCAUCGCCCGUGAGCGAUCAGCCCGUGUGGUGUGCACAGCAUGGAGUAAGGAUGCCGAGUUUUGUAAGAUGCUGGAGAACUGGACGCGUGAUUCAGAAAAGCGAGAUCUGACUAAGAUGCCGGGCCUGUUCGUGGCUUUUGAGGGUGCAAUCCUCAGCGGUAUGCAGAAGAUUUUGUAUAUCUCGGAGGCUAUAGCCAAGCCUGGGUUCCUGGAUGUUGUCACCAGCCCACCUUCAAAACUCCUACAGAUGGUUCGCACUCAGUUCGUUUCUAGUAUCUACAAAGCGCUUAGUGGACUGGUCGAAAAUGCGGAGCGCCUUGCAACAACGGAGCAUGAGAACGAGUGGGUGAUUUCUCAGCCAGCCUUGACUGGCCAAGCAAUCGAUGCGGCUAUGUCGGUGCUCGCAGUAGAUUCGGUGGAUUCACAGAAUAGAAAUGUACGGAUCCUCCUUACACUCUCUAAUUUGAAGGCUCUUCAAGCCGAAUAUGUACCGCAGUUGAUUGCAAACUUCGAGAAUUCAUUCUCGGUCAAAUUAACAGAAGAGAGCAAGACGGUCCGAGACGUACUCAAACAGAUCGAAGACCGAUUAUUCCAGUCAUAUACCAAGUCGACUAUCGCAACAUUAAACGAAACAAUCGCUACUGGCAUCGGAGCUGCGGACUGGGUGCCUUUGACUGAGAGACCAGAUCAGGUUCGCCCCUACGUAUACAGUACCAUGUUGACCCUUGUGCUGGUUCACACGGAGAUCACCACCACCGUACCCUCCAGCGCGCUAGUUAGUGCCAGUAAGACAUCGCCAAAUACCCCAUCAUCGCUACUGGCCACUAUUCUGUCGUACCUCCUGGUGCAAGUUUCUCACUCCCUGCUAAAUGCAUUCCGAUCUCGUCCCACUUUCACGCUUGCAGCUCUGAUGCAAGCCACCUUGGAUACCGAAUUCAUUGCACAGACGUUGGCUCAAUUCUCGAGUGAGGAAGCAUCUCAUACUCAAAGCCAAAUCUACGUGGAUCUAGACCGCCGCACUACCAAUGAAGCCCGUACCAAACUACAGGCUGAGUUAGGUGAGAUGCGAGGUGUGCUUAAACGAUUGAGAGAGCGUACCAAGGGCGAGUUUUCCUGCUUCAAGAAGCCUCGAAGUGGAACAGGAUCUAAGUCUGCUAUCGUCACAUAG